AUGGAUGAAGACACCGAGACCCGAGGCCCACGGGCGCGGCUGACAUGCACCCAUUGCCAUCGUCGAAAGAUCAAGUGCAAUAAGAACAUCCCAUGCGACACUUGCAUUAAACGUCGCGAAGAAAUCACGGCCGCCCAUGGAGCUCCAUCAAGCCCGACGAGUCGGAGUUCGGCUCACAGCGAAACAGGCGACGCACUCCGGGCAUUGCUUGAGCGCGUAACACAGCUCGAGGCUAGGCUUCAGCAGAGCACGCAGUGCAUUGUUCGACAAGAGGAUGACUCGACAUCAGUCUCUGGCGCAUUAGGAGCCCAGCUGGCGACUCCAGAAACAGGCCAGCCCGACGGCCUGGAAAGCGGGAGUGAGCCAGGCCCGGCUGGCAGUAUUGCGGCCGAUGACCUUGACGCCGCUACGGUCCUGGAGUUCCUCGCUUGGGGUCGAAAGAAGGAUUCCGAUUUCAUCAAUGCACCGGAACACGAUCACGGACCUGGGCUACCAACUACGGGCUUUUCGUCUGAGAGCAACUCCUUGACCGAAAACUCCCGAUCUGCGCAGCUGGAUGUUCUGGAAGCUCUACUCCCGGACAAAUCUCAUGUUUUCCAGCUAUGCGACUUCCACAAUAGCUCGAUUCUCUGGUAUCACGGUUCAUACUCCGCCAAGAUCUUCUCCAGAGAUCUUGAAGUCUUCUUUACUGAGUAUGGAGGCAAUGUCAGAUAUGAACAACUCAAUCUCCAGUGGCUCGCGCUCCUUUUCUCCGUGCUAACCGGCAGCAUGACAUGCGCAUCUCCCUCGACCUACAGCAGCUGGGGCUUCUCUGCGGCCGAGCAGUCAACUCUGUCGUCUCGGUGGUACACUGCCACUGUCACCUGUCUAAACCUGGCCUGCUAUACUGAGACACAUACCAUCUACUCUGUCCAAGCUAUUGCGACACUAACCAUCUCUGCUCAUAUUCUCGGACACUCCAACAGCCAAUCCAUCCUGCUUGCAGCAGCUGGGAGGGUUGCCCAAAGCCUAGGCUUACAUCGUUUAGAAGCUGACACUUCGGGAGAGACCCGUCCCAUCGAUCAGCUUCGCAAAUCGGAAGCUGGCAAGCGUGUAUUUAUCCAGCUCUGCACCCAAGACUGGUUCAGCAUUCCCUUCUCGGAGAUAUACUCCAUCAGCCCCAGGUUCAUCAGUAGUCAUAUCAGGCCAUUGAACUGCAAUGAUGAUGACAUGGAGGUUCAUCCAGAAACUAUGCCGACACAGGCAAGUUACUGCAAUUACAGGUUCGACAUUGCAUCGCUCAUGCCGCAGCUGCUCGACGCCAUGGCCGGGUGCAACACCAUGUAUACCCGGUAUGAGCAGGUCCUGAAGUUUGACGAUAUAAUGAGAAAGCUAGUCACCGCAUCGAUGCCUACCUUCCUCUCGAGCAACGCCCCUGUAGCUGCUGAAUGGCCCGCUUAUGUGAGCCGGGCCCGUCGGUCAUUGACAAUAUGUGCCUCACACAAGAUCAUCAUGAUUCAUCGUAAAUUUAUAGGGCCAUCAUUUACCACCUCGGCCUUUGCCUUUACUCGACGGACCUGUCUCGCCGCUGCCAAAACAAUACUUCGCGAGGCUUUUGUUGCUGUGGACGAGACCGACCCGAUCCUGUGGAUAGACCAGGCCUUCUCCGUCGCUGCUGCAAUCAUCCUAAGCCUCGACAUGCUGCACCGCAGCCCUGCCGAUAAGGAGUUUGGAGAGCACAAACAGCUUGUCGCCGACACAGUUUUGUAUCUCGGGAAAUUCGAACACAAUAAAAUAGCCAUGCGUGGCAGGCAGUUGCUAUCCUUUCUACAGCAGGAAAUCAGUAAAUCUAGCGCGGCCCAGUCGCGCAAGAGGACGUACGGCGACAGGCGCGGAUCGCAUUCUUCAUCAUCACGGAAGCGAGCAAGAGGCUUCAACAUGCAGUCCUUCAUCCGGGACGCUUCACGGAGCGUUGGUGUUACGCCGUCUACCAUCGUAUCUCUAUCAACGCCAACGCCCAGUACGGAAGAGAAGAGCCAGGAUUGGGAUGCUUUAUUCGACCCUCUCCCUGCGCAGAUUGGAUUUGACAGCCAAUAUCUAUUCGACAACUUCUUCACAGGGCCACUGGGGCCUUCUUAG